CGCAACUCAACCUCUCUAUUUACAUUUACAUACACGCAGAGAUAGAUAUAGAGACAGAAACACAGCGAUACAGACAGAGAGAGAGAGUGAGUUUGAAGAGAGAGAAACUAUGGCGGCAGCAGUGACUAGUGCGUGGUCGAAGCCUGGUGCUUGGGCACUCGAUUCCGAAGAACACGAAGCCGAACUUCUUCAUCAGCACCAAAACGAAGAAAGCAACAAAAAAACCCACCAUUCCAACGGCGGAGACGCAGCAGAGUUCCCUUCACUCGCUGCGGCGGCCGCCACCAAGACCAAGAAGAAGAAGCCCCAAGCCAUACCUCUCUCCGAGUUCGCCAAACCGGCUCAGACCACACAAACCAGAGGCCUCACCGCCGAAGAUCUCAUGUCGUUGCCGACCGGUCCGCGCCAGAGAACCGCCGAGGAGCUCGACCGGUCCAAGCUCGGUGGCGGAUUCAGAUCGUACGGUUACGAUAGGAAUAGAGGUGAGGAGGGUUCGAAUUCUAGGUGGGGGUCUUCUAGGGUUUCGGAUGAGUCGCGUCGACAAGGAGGAGGAGGGUUUAAUAGGGAUUCAAGUAAAGAAUUAGCGCCUUCUCGUGCCGAUGAGGUCGAUGAUUGGGGGUCUACGAAGAGGUCUGUUUCUAGUAAUGGAUUUGAGAAGAGAGGAGAGAGAGGGGAGAGAGGAGGGUUUUUCGGGUCUGAUUCUAGAGCUGAUGAAUCUGAUAGUUGGGUUUUGAAUAAGAACUUUGUUCCUUCUGAAGGACGGAGAUUUGAGAAUCAGAGGGAGAGAAGAGUGGGUUUCGAGUCAAAUGGCGGCGCAGAUUCGGAGAAUUGGGUGAAGAAGAAGGAAGAGGAGGGGAGGAAGUUCGGUACUAAUGGUGGUGGUGGUGCUUUUGAUAGUCUCCGAGAGAGGCGGGGGGGCUUUGAUUUUGCAACAAAUGGCGGUGCAGAUGCGGAAGCUUGGGGUAAAAAGAGGGAGGAGGGAAGUGUGAUUGGGAGGCCGAAGCUUAAUUUGCAGCCACGGACGCUGCCUGUGAGUGAUGGUCAGCAAAAUGGUUCAGUGACACAGGCGAAACCAAAAGGUUCUAACCCAUUUGGUGAGGCAAGGCCCAGAGAGGAGGUUUUGAAGGGAAAGGGGCAGGAUUGGAAGGAAGUUGAUGUGAAACUCGAGUCGGUCAAAAUUAAGGAGAUGGUUUCUGCGAACGAUGGGGCUUCGUUUGGGAAGAGUAGUUUUGGGAGCGGAAAUUUAAGGGCGAUUACUCCCGAUGGACGGACUGAGAGGAGCUGGAGGAAGACAGACUCUGCUGAUGAUCGUUCUCCAAGUGCUGAUAAAGUUGAAAAUGACAUUGCUGAAGAAGCUGAAGAAGAUGUGCAAGAAUGAUGCUAAACUGUGAACACAAAAAAGAAAAAAAAGAAGAGAGAGAGAGAGAGAGAGAGAGAAAACAAAGGUAAAGAGCAAUCGGCUAGUUGGGAAGUUCAAGUCUUGGUUUGAUGAAUACACUGGAUUUUCAGUUUCUUUGUUCUUGUUUUGCCCUCACUUGUGUUAUGGAGACAGUUUUGGUAGACUUAUGUUUAGUUGAAUUAUUUAAGGCCUAAAUGGCUUGUUUGUACUAGAUAAUUUUGUCAUAACUUGCUGUUCCACCAUAAAAUUUUGUUUUCAACAUUUGUUUAGCUAUUGACUGGAAA